AAAAACCACUCAUUGAUUGUCGUCCCCGUGCAGAGCUUUUGGUGUGGUUACGCAGCACUGCUAUGGAGAGCCGUAGACUCAGUUCUUACACACACACACAUUCUCGCUCUGUCAGCCGGCAGAACAGGAGCCAGAGGGAAGACUACAGUUCUGUCGCUGAGCUCUUUCUAAAAACAGCACUUGCCUAAUAAAGAUAUGGGGCUUGUGCGUUCCCUGUUCUCCUCUUCCACACUAUAAAUACUCUCGCUGAAGAUCAUACAGGCUUUGCUUGUUUCAGGUUCGUAUCUAAUAUACACUCUCUGGGAAGGAUAUCUGCUCCUCACUGCAUAACAGGAGUGAAGGGUCUUAAUCAGUUCUAAGGAUGCCCAGAGUGGACGCCGACCUCAAGCUGGACUUUAAAGAUGUCCUUCUCAGGCCAAAGAGGAGCAGCCUCAAAAGCAGAUCUGAGGUAGAUCUGGUACGCACAUUUACAUUCCGCAACUCCAAGCAGACCUAUACUGGGAUCCCUAUUAUUGCAGCUAAUAUGGAUACUGUGGGUACUUUUGAAAUGGCAAAAACCUUGAGAAAGCAUACGCUAUUUACGGCAAUUCACAAGCAUUAUACAUUAGAAGACUGGAAGAAAUUUGCAUCUACAUCUCCUGAAUGUCUUGAGCACGUAGCAGCAAGCUCUGGAAGUAGUCAAGCUGAUCUUGACAAGCUGAGUAGCAUCCUGGAAGCCAUCCCUCUCAUUAAAUAUAUUUGCUUGGAUGUAGCUAAUGGAUAUUCCGAACACUUUGUAGAAUUUGUGAAGACUGUACAUGCCAAAUUUCCAUACCACACUAUUAUGGCUGGAAAUGUGGUUACAGGUGAAAUGGUGGAAGAGCUCAUUCUUGCUGGAGCUGACAUCAUAAAAGUCGGAAUUGGACCAGGUUCUGUUUGUACAACUAGAAUUAAAACAGGCGUGGGCUAUCCUCAGUUAAGUGCUGUGAUUGAAUGUGCUGACUCUGCCCAUGGACUGAAAGGACACAUCAUUUCAGAUGGAGGCUGCAGUUGUCCUGGAGAUGUUGCCAAAGCUUUUGGAGCAGGAGCAGAUUUUGUGAUGCUGGGAGGAAUGUUUGCUGGCCAUGAUCAGUGUUCAGGAGAAAUCACAGAGAAAAAUGGAAAGAAGGUGAUGCUUUUCUAUGGUAUGAGUUCCAACACAGCUAUGAAGAAGCACGCCGGUGGUGUGGCUGAAUACAGGGCAUCAGAAGGCAGGACAGUGGAGGUUCCUUACAGAGGAGACGUGGAUAACACUGUUCGAGACAUCUUAGGAGGACUGCGAUCCACUUGCACAUAUGUAGGAGCUGCCAAGCUGAAAGAGCUAAGCAGGAGGACAACUUUUAUCCGCGUGACUCAGCAAUUCAACCAGAUAUUUUCUUAAUGUAUAUGCAGUUUCCAUGCUUAUUUCAUCACAGAGCUGUCCAGUUGUUAAUUCCACAAAACUUUUCCUUGGUAAAGGAUAAACAUUUCACAAAAUAAACCAAACGCCAAGUAAACAUAAUGACAAACUCUA